AGCGAGCGCAGGGAGCCGACACCAUGCCUGGCUGGAAGAAGAAUAUUCCCAUCUGCUUACAGGCGGAAGAGCAGGAGAGAGAUGAGAGUCCCUACACUAAAUCCGCCAGCCAGACAAAGCCGCCUGAUGGAGCAUUGGCUGUGAGGAGACAGAGCAUUCCAGAGGAAUUCAAGGGCUCCACCGUGGUGGAAUUGAUGAAGAAGGAAGGCACCACCCUGGGGUUGACUGUCUCAGGAGGAAUUGAUAAAGAUGGAAAGCCAAGAGUGUCCAACCUUCGGCAAGGAGGAAUUGCUGCUAGAAGUGACCAGCUGGAUGUGGGCGACUAUAUCAAAGCAGUGAAUGGAAUCAACCUGGCCAAAUUCCGCCAUGAUGAGAUCAUCAGCUUGCUGAAGAACGUGGGGGAAAGAGUGGUUCUUGAAGUCGAGUAUGAACUUCCACCAGUCUCUGUACAAGGAUCGAAUGUUAUUUUCCGAACAGUGGAGGUCACAUUACAUAAAGAAGGCAAUACCUUUGGUUUUGUAAUACGAGGGGGAGCACAUGAUGAUAGAAAUAAAUCUCGUCCAGUUGUGAUAACGUGUGUUCGUCCUGGAGGGCCUGCUGACAGGGAAGGAACUAUCAAACCUGGUGAUAGACUGCUCAGUGUGGAUGGAAUUCGACUUCUUGGAACCACACAUGCUGAAGCCAUGAGUAUUCUUAAACAAUGUGGACAAGAAGCAACGCUGCUGAUAGAAUAUGAUGUCUCCGUGAUGGAUUCUGUGGCAACAGCAUCAGGGCCACUACUAGUUGAAGUUGCCAAAACUCCUGGUGCCAGCCUUGGGGUUGCCCUUACUACCUCGAUGUGCUGUAACAAACAGGUCAUUGUCAUAGACAAAAUCAAAUCUGCAAGUAUUGCAGACAGAUGUGGGGCACUGCAUGUGGGCGACCACAUCCUCUCCAUUGACGGCACUGGGAUGGAGUACUGUACGCUAGCAGAAGCAACCCAGUUCCUGGCAAACACCACCGACCAGGUCAAACUGGAGAUUCUUCCACAUCAUCAGACUCGCUUGGCCCUGAAGGGUCCCGACCACGUGAAAAUUCAGAGGAGCGACAGACAACUUCCCUGGGAAUCCUGGGCCAGCAACCAGUGCAGCCUCCACACCAACCAUCACUGUAACACGCACCACCCCGACCUCUGCAGAGCACCAGCCCUGACCCUCCCGAAAGCACCUCCUCCCAGCAGCCCUCCUGUGGUGUCUUCAUCCUUCUCUCCUACCUCCAUGAGCGCAUACAGCCUGAGCUCCCUGAACAUGGGCACUUUACCUCGAAGCCUCUACUCCACCAGCCCACGAGGAACCAUGAUGAGGCGGAGACUGAAAAAGAAAGACUUCAAAAGCUCCUUGUCUUUGGCCUCAAGCACAGUGGGGUUGGCUGGACAGGUGGUUCACACAGAAACCACCGAGGUUGUGCUGACAGCAGAUCCCGUCACGGGAUUUGGAAUCCAACUGCAAGGCAGUGUGUUUGCCACAGAGACGCUCUCUUCCCCACCUCUGAUUUCCUAUAUUGAAGCUGACAGCCCAGCGGAGAGAUGUGGGGUGCUCCAGAUUGGAGACCGGGUGAUGGCCAUUAAUGGAAUUCCAACUGAAGACAGCACUUUUGAGGAAGCCAAUCAACUCCUCCGAGACUCUUCCAUCACAAGCAAGGUCACAUUGGAGAUCGAGUUUGAUGUUGCAGAGUCUGUCAUCCCAAGCAGUGGAACCUUUCAUGUAAAGCUUCCCAAGAAGCACAAUGUGGAACUUGGAAUAACCAUCAGCUCACCAUCCAGUAGAAAACCAGGUGACCCCCUUGUCAUUUCAGAUAUCAAGAAAGGGAGUGUGGCACACAGAACUGGGACCCUAGAACUUGGGGAUAAACUUCUUGCCAUCGAUAACAUCCGGCUGGACAACUGCUCUAUGGAAGAUGCCGUCCAGAUCCUCCAGCAGUGUGAAGAUCUGGUGAAGCUCAAGAUCCGCAAAGAUGAAGAUAAUUCAGAUGAGCAAGAAAGUUCCGGAGCAAUUAUUUAUACUGUGGAGCUGAAACGCUACGGGGGACCCCUUGGCAUCACAAUCUCAGGAACUGAAGAGCCAUUUGAUCCUAUAAUCAUCUCAAGCCUCACUAAAGGGGGAUUAGCUGAAAGAACGGGUGCAAUCCACAUAGGAGACCGAAUCCUAGCCAUCAACAGCAGCAGCUUGAAAGGGAAGCCUCUGAGUGAAGCCAUCCAUUUGUUACAGAUGGCAGGAGAGACUGUCACCUUGAAAAUUAAGAAACAGACAGAUGCCCAGUCCGCAUCAAGUCCCAAGAAGUUUCCUAUUCCCAGCCACCUGAGUGACCUGGGAGAUGUGGAGGAGGACUCCUCCCCAACGCAGAAGCCGGGAAAGCUCUCAGACCUAUACCCCUCCACCGUGCCCAGUGUGGAUAGUGCUGUGGACUCCUGGGAUGGUUCGGGAAUAGAUACCAACUAUGGAAAUCAAGGCCCCACUUUUCAGGCCACGGGAUACAAUUUCAACACCUAUGACUGGAGGAGUCCAAAGCAAAGAGGCAGCUUAUCUCCUGUCCCCAAGCCUCGAAGCCAGACUUACCCAGAUGUGGGGCUGAGUAAUGAAGACUGGGACCGGUCCACAGCCAGUGGUUUUGCAGGCCCUUCGGACAGCGUGGAGGCUGAGCAAGAAGAGAACUUCUGGUCUCAGGCACUGGAGGAUUUGGAAACCUGUGGACAGUCAGGAAUCCUGAGAGAACUUGAGGCAACAAUCAUGUCGGGGAGCACUAUGAGUUUGAAUCAUGAGGCUCCAACACCUCGCAGUCAGCUGGGGCGACAGGCCAGCUUCCAGGAAAGGAGCAGCUCUCGGCCACACUACAGCCAAACAACUCGGAGCAACACCCUGCCCUCAGAUGUGGGCAGGAAGUCUGUGACGCUGAGAAAAAUGAAACAAGAAAUAAAGGAGAUCAUGUCCCCAACUCCUGUGGAGCUGCACAAGGUGACCUUGUACAAAGACUCUGGCAUGGAGGACUUUGGGUUCAGUGUGGCAGAUGGCUUGCUGGAGAAAGGCGUGUAUGUCAAAAAUAUUCGUCCAUCGGGGCCAGGUGAUCUUGGUGGCUUGAAGCCAUAUGACAGGCUUUUACAGGUGAACCAUGUCCGGACAAGGGACUUUGACUGCUGCCUUGUGGUGCCUCUCAUAGCAGAAUCUGGUAAUAAGCUGGACCUGGUUAUUAGUAGAAACCCACUGGCUUCCCAGAAGUCCAUAGAGCAGCAGAGUCUACCCGGAGACUGGAGUGAACAGAACAGUGCUUUUUUCCAGCAGCCUAAUCACGGUGGUAAUCUAGAGACACGAGAGCCCACUAACACCUUAUAGCAACACUUUUAUAAAGCAAGAUGAAAGACAAUAUCUACAUGGUGCUAAAAAAAAUCCCUUUGAGAUUUCUGUGACAUUUGAAGCACAGAUAAUCAUAUGGCAUUAACUGCAAGCACAGGGGUCUUUUAAAUCUCUC